CUCAAAUUGAACCAUAUAAAUAAGCACUUGUUAAACAAGAAGAUCACAAGAAAAACCGUUUCGUUUUUAAGCAUGACUAGAAAGAAGGUGAAAUUGGCUUUCAUAGUGAAUGAUUCAGCAAGAAAGGCAACUUUCAAGAAAAGGAAGAAGGGAUUAUUGAAAAAAGUUGAUGAACUCAGUACCCUUUGCGGGAUUGAUGCAUGUGCUAUCAUCUAUAGCCCGUAUGAUCCCCAACCAGAGGUUUGGCCGUCGCCAUUGGGGGUUCAACAAGUGCUUUCCAAGUUCAGGAGGAUGCCUGAAAUGGAGCAAAGCAAGAAGAUGGUGAACCAAGAGAGUUUUCUAAGGCAGAGGAUCGCGAAGGCGACAGAGCAGUUGAAGAAGCAGACCAAAGAGAAUAGAGAGAAGGAGAUGACCCAGCUCAUGUUUCAGUACCUUGGUGAAGGUAACAUCAUGCACAAUGUGAACAUGCUUGAUUUGAACGAUCUUGCAUAUUUGAUUGAUCAGUAUUUGAAGGAUAUCAAUAGAAGGAUUGAAUUGUUGACAAGAGAGUCUCAGUCUCAGAGUCAACCCCCAAUGCCACCACCACCGGUAGUUAAAGAUGAGGUGGCAAAUGUUGAAGAAGAGGGACAAGGGAGCCAUGCCCAGCAAGGUUUGAACAUCAACAUGGAUUCCAUGCAACCAAAGGAAAAUUGGUUUGUCAAUUUGAUGAGUGGUGCUAAUGUGGAUCAGCCACAUGUAUUUGGAGAUGCUAAUCAACAGAGUGGAUUUUGGCCUAACACAUUUUUCCAUUGA